AUGCACAAGGCAGAGCAGGAUAGAAGACUCAUACAGUUUCUAAUGGGACUUAACGAGGUUUACACAGUUGUUCGGGGAAGCUUUCUCAUGAUGAACCCAUUGCCUUCUAUGGCACAAGCAUUUGCUUUGCUGAUACAGGAGGAGAACUUGAGAGAAUUCAAGCCCAGAAACCAAUUGAAUUUUGAUUCUGCUACGUUGAAUGUCAAUGUAGGGGGAAGAACUUUUAAGACAAAUUACUCACCUAGUGGGAAUCAGACUUCAAACAGCAGGCCUAGGCCAUUUUGUGACCACUGCAGACGACCAGGACAUACCAAAGACAGAUGCUACAAGCUGCAUGGAUACCCUCAAGGUUUUGGACAGGGCUCACAGCAGUAUAAGCAGAAUUCACAAGGGUAUAACAACAACAUGAGGUCCAACAAGGGGAAGAGCACUGUGGCAAAUGCAGUUGCAAGUGUACAAGGAAUAUCAUCAGACAUGUUGUCAGCCAAAGCAGUUGAACCAGAACAUCAAGGAGACAAUCAGAAUAUGAGCCUUUCAAAGGAACAAUAUGGACAAAUUCUCAGUCUACUGCAGCAUUUUCAAGUUGGAAAUGGAGGAGAAAGCAAUUCAAGUGUUUCUGGUAGAGCUUCUGUGAAUUUUGCAGGUAUGAUUGCUUGCACUUCUUCCAUUGAUUUUGAUAAUCCAUCAUACAAAUGUUUCAAUGCAAAAGCUGACUUGUGGAUAUUAGAUUCAGGAGCUUCAGAUCAUAUGGCUUUCGAUAAAACUCACUUACAAAAUACUAUAAAUCUACCAUAUCAUCUGCUUGUUAAAUUACCAAAUGGUUACAAAGUUAAAGCCCCUUCACUAAAGAGGCCUCUGCAGAUUGUACACUGUCUAUCCCAUCCCCACCACCCUACUGUAAAUAAUCUCUGCAACAAUAAAGACAGUGCUUCUACUCUUCUUUCCUCUACCUCUCUCAGAGACAGUGUGGAUCUUUUGUGGCAUUAUUGA